ACAGUGUUGCUGUGAAGACGGAAGUGACAGCAGGACUUCCCUCUGACCAAUAAUUCAAUCCUUUUUGGAAACAGUUGCAGGACUACACCGCCGGGCUUGUCCAGACAUGUCUACUGCGUACAAAAACAGAAUACAGGAAUUCAAAGUGGCCCUGAGUGAAGAGAACAUAGACUUGAAGACACUGAGGGAGCUGUGCUUCAAUGGAGUCCCAUUUGAAGGAGGCAUACGAGCACUGUGCUGGAAAAUCCUUCUUAAUUACCUACCUCUGGAUCAGACAUUAUGGGAUUCUUUCCUCAAAAAGCAGAGGGAGGUGUACUCCCAGUUCUUGAAAGAAAUGAUCAUUCAGCCUGGUAUUGCCAAAGCUAACCUGGGCCUGUCCAGAGAAGAUGUGACUAUGGAGGACCACCCUCUGAAUCCCAACCCAGACAGCAGGUGGAAUAACUACUUCAAAGAUAAUGAAAUUCUACUACAGAUCGACAAGGAUGUAAGGCGGCUGUAUCCAGACAUGGCGUUCUUCCAGCGUCCUACAGAAUACCCCUGCCAACUUAUCCUGGACCCUCAGAACGAUUAUGAGACGCUGCGUCGGCGAGUGGAACAAACCACUCUGAAAGCACAAACUGUGAAUCGCAACCGCAGCGGAGUCACAAAUGUCAGCUCCCCUGGAAAAUCUUUGAACCUGUACCCAUCUAAUGAGUACGAGGUGCUGCCCAAUGGGACUGAGGCCCACUGGGAGGUGGUGGAGCGUAUCCUCUUCAUCUACGCCAAACUCAACCCCGGGAUCGCCUACGUGCAGGGCAUGAACGAGAUCGUCGGGCCGAUUUACUACACGUUCGCCACGGACCCUAACAGCGAGUGGAAAGAGCACGCUGAGGCAGACACAUUCUUCUGUUUCACCAACCUGAUGUCUGAGAACAGAGACAACUUCAUCAAGAGCCUGGAUGACUCCCAGUGUGGAAUCACCUACAAGAUGGAGAGCGUGUACUCCAUGCUCAAAGACAAAGACAUGGAGCUCUAUCUCAAACUGGAAGAGCAGAACAUCAAACCGCAGUACUUCACAUUCCGCUGGCUGACCCUGUUGUUGUCUCAGGAGUUUCUGCUGCCAGACGUAAUCCGCAUCUGGGACACCCUGUUUUCGGACCAGGACCGCUUCCACUUCCUCAUCCUGGUCUGCUGCGCUAUGCUCAUACUCAUCAGAGACAACCUGCUGGCAGGAGACUUCACAGUCAAUAUGAGAUUACUGCAGGAUUACCCCAUCUCAGAUGUCCACACCAUCUUGAUCAAGGCCAAAGAGCUGCAGGAUAACUCCUAACUUCUCACUCUUUUUCCUCCUGCUUCCUCAGCUCAGACGUGGUAGGUGGGAUUUCAAACAUUUAAAAAAAGAAAAA